AUGGAAUCACUCCAAGAUCAAGAGUUGAAAUUUACAACAAUCAUUAGUUACUUGAACAAUAGUAUGCCAGAAACCACCAAUAUUUCAUUCAAUAAAGGCUACUUUACCAUAUUUAAAAAAAGAUCUCCAAGCAGCCAAUUAAACACAAUAAAAGGAAAAAUAGAUUCAAAUAUAGAUAUAUUGUAUACUGAAGAUGAAUUAAACAAAAUUUUAGAUUUAAAGUUAAAUCAGAAUUUAAAUAAUCAUGAUCACUGA